UCUUUACCCCCACCGGCCUCACGCCGUUCUCUUCUCUUCGCACACUCGCAGAGGAGAGAGAAAUAUCCUCAAGCUCCUCUCGUGUAAAGUAUCUCUUUUUAAUCUAUAUCCCUCUCUGGUUCAGGUUCUGCGGUUGUGGCCGCUGAAUCUCGUUCUUUGUUUCUCUUGGUCAAUCUACGUCGAAGAUUUCAUCUUCAAGUGAAAGGUCCUGAGGUAUGCAGCAAGGUGAUCAAACGGUGAUAAGCUUGAGGCCUGGAGGUGGUCGAGGCGGCGGCGGCGGCGGCGGAAGCAGGCUAUUCGGUCCUCGAUACGAGUCCUCAUCAUCUACAUCUUCUACUGUCCCUACUUUCGGAUCCUUUUCCUCUGAUCUCUCACUCUUGCGCCCCCAUGGCGGUGCUUCUUCAUCAUUCUCCAUUAAGGCUGGUGAUUCACGGUUUGAGGGUCGUGAGCGGGUGCGAUACACCAGAGAUCAACUGUUACAGCUUAGAGAGGCUGUUGAGGUCCCUGAUGAUAUUAUAAAAAUCAAACAAGAUAUAGAAGCUGAGCUUUUUGGUGAAGAUCAAAGCUGGGUUCGUCCGGAAAGCAAUCCCCCAAAUCAAUUUCAAAAUCGAUAUUCUGAGCCAGAUAACCGUGACUGGCGUGGCCGUUCUGGACAAAUUUCUGCUGCUGAAGAAAGAUCUUGGGACAAUAUAAGGGAGAAUAGAGAAUUUGGCAAUCGAUAUGACUCGAGACAGCCAGAUGCCAGCCAGGUUAAUCGCCAAGACCAACAAAGUUUGCAGUUUGCAAAGGGAGGACCUGCUCCUACUCUCGUGAAGGCUGAAGUGCCAUGGUCAGCUAGAAGGGGAAGUCUUUCUGAGAAGGAUCGUGUCUUGAAGACUGUGAAAGGGAUUCUAAAUAAGUUGACUCCUGAGAAAUUUGAUCUCCUGAAGGGUCAGUUGAUUGAUGCUGGCAUUACAUCAGCUGACAUUUUGAAGGAUGUCAUUUCGCUUAUAUUUGAUAAGGCAGUGCUUGAACCAACAUUUUGCCCCAUGUAUGCUCUCCUGUGUUCUGAUCUUAAUGAAAAGUUGCCACCAUUCCCUUCUGAAGAACCUGGUGGGAAGGAAAUCACUUUUAAGAGAGUACUCUUAAAUAACUGCCAGGAGGCCUUUGAAGGUGCUGAUAAACUGAGGGAAGAAGUUAAGCAGAUGACUGCCCCUGAGCAGGAGAUGGAGCGUCGUGAUAAGGAAAGACUGGUCAAGCUUCGUACUUUGGGAAACAUUCGGUUAAUUGGGGAGCUCUUAAAGCAGAAGAUGGUUCCUGAAAAAAUUGUCCAUCACAUUGUUCAGGAGCUUUUAGGAGCUGAUAGCAAGGCCUGUCCCGUUGAGGAAAAUGUUGAAGCUAUAUGUCAGUUUUUCAACACUAUUGGUAAGCAGCUUGAUGAAAGCCCAAAAUCACGGCGUAUAAAUGACCUGUACUUCAGUCGAUUGAGAGAAUUGAAUGCCAAUCCUCAACUUGCACCACGGUUGAGGUUCAUGAUUCGCGAUGUUUUAGAUUUGCGUGCAAAUAACUGGGUUCCAAGGCGUGAAGAGGUAAAAGCCAAAACAAUCACUGAAAUUCAUUCAGAGGCUGAAAAAAAUCUUGGACUGCGCCCUGGUGCCACUGCAAACAUUAGAAAUACCCGUAGUGUUCAAGGAAAUGCCACUCCUGGGGGAUUCCUUGCUCGACCUGGUACUGGGGGUAUGAUGCCUGGAAUGCCUGGGACCAAGAAGAUGCCAGGAAUGCCAGGAAUUGACAAUGACAAUUGGGAAGUCCCUAGGGGUCGGUCAAUGCCAAGGGGAGAUAUGUCAGCUGGGCAACCAACUACACGUGGCCAGUCUCCUUUACUUUCCAAGUCAGCAGCUCUGAGUUCAAAGUUGCUACCUCAAGGUAGUGGUGGUUUUAUAAGUGGAAGAAGUAGUGCCCUAGUUCAUGGAGGUGGUGGUGCUGCUCCCACAAUCCCGUCAAACUUUGGUUCAGAUGCUGAGGCUCCACCUGCAAAAGUUGCUCCUGCUAUGUCCUCUGAGAAGCCACUGGCUCCUGCACGAAAAAUGAAUACUGAUGAUCUUCAGCGCAAAACCCGGUCUCUUCUAGAAGAAUAUUUUAGUGUUAGGCUUUUGGAUGAGGCAUUACAGUGUGUGGAAGAACUAAAAUCCCCAGCCUUCCACCCUGAGGUUGUCAAGGAAGCCAUUUCCUUGGCACUAGACAAAAGCCCGCCAUGUGUUGAACCUGUUGCCAACCUUCUGGAGUAUCUCCUCAUUAAAAGGAUCCUUACUGCUAUAGACAUAGGCACAGGUUCUUUGUUAUAUGCUUCAAUGCUUGAUGACAUUGGCAUAGACUUACCAAAAGCUCCAAACAACUUCGGUGAGAUAAUUGGGAAACUAGUUUUAGCCGGAGGAUUGGAUUUUAAGGUGGUGAAAGAGAUUCUUAAGAAGGUGGAGGAUGACAUGUUCCAGAAAGCCAUAUUUGAUGCUGCCGUACGGGUCAUUGCUUCAUCAUCUGGGCAAGCUGUUUUGGAAUCACAAGCAUCUGAUAUUGAAGCGUGCCGGAGUCUGUUUAAGUGAUUUCACGGCUCUGCAUGAGAACGCUGAUUUCUGCAGCUGGAAGAACAUGGUUGCUUGUUUAAUUAGUUGAAAUACCUGUUGCUUCUACCUUACCCUCACAUUUGGGUGAAAAGAGCAUUUUGUAUUACAGUAUGUUAUAAAAGUUGAGCUUCCAGGAUCAGAUGUUUUUAGAGUUUGUAUAUUUUGAGGGCUCAAGAGGUGCUGUCGAGGGAAGAGUCAAAAACCGUAAAGCUACCGAUUUUGUUUUCCAGAUGGCUAACCGUGUUGUGCCAAUCUUCUCUGAGAGAGGGGGCCCGUUAGGGCUUCCAAAUGUUUUUGUAUUUCAUUAGUUUCAAUUAUUUUUUAAUAUUUUCUUGACAGAUAAUUGUUAAACUAUUAGUUCAUAAAUAUUAUUGUUAUUUUCACCAUCAUAA